UGAUCUAAUUAUAUUAUUUAAAGAACUAGUCAAUCUAUCUAAAAUGGAGUCUACUGCUAGAAAGGGUAAAUUCGCCACCAAGAAGAGAAAGUUUGUUGCCGACGGAGUCUUCCAAGCCGAGCUCAACGAGUUCCUUACAAGAACCCUCGGAAGGUACGGAUAUGCCGGUAUUGAGGUCAGAAUUAAUAAUGUCGGAACUGAAAUCAGAAUCCGUGCCUCUAAAGCUGAGGAUAUCAUGAAGGGACAAAAGAAGAUCAGAGAAAUUAAGAGCUUGAUUGAGAAGAGAUUUAACUACUCUGAAGCCAAUAAGUUCGAUAUUAGAAUUGUCCCAUUGCCAGCUACCGCUCUCUGUGCCGCUUGGCAAGCUGAGAAUAUUAAAGCCAAAUUGUUGCAAGGUACUCCAGUCAGACUUGUUGUUUCCCAAGUCCUCAAUAACGUCAAAAGAACCAACAUUGCUAAAGGUGUUGAAGUAAUUAUUUCAGGAAAGGUUAGAGGACAGAGAGCUAAGGCUCAAAAGUACAAGUGGGGAUACCUCGUCACCACUGGUCAACCAAAGCAUGACUUUAUUGACGAAGCCAUCAGACACGUUGAGUUGAGACAGGGUGUAUUGGGAAUCAAGGUUAAGAUCUUCGUAGAUAACCAGGGAAGAAAGAAGGACGGAAAGAUGCUUCCAGAUUACGUAAAGAUCCAUGAGCCAAAGGAAGACAUGUUCAAGACCGGACAAAAGCCAACAACAUCAACUCCCCAAUAAACACUCCUGUAAAUGGUUCAAUUCUUAUCCUUUAAA